ACUGGUCAACAAGGGAGUAGAACGGUGACAAACCAAAAAUCUACCAAAUGUCCGAUUUGUAUGUGUACUGCAAUGGACGAACGGUUAGUGGAAGUGGUGGUGGUUCAGCCACUUCCAAGCACGCUGAAUCAGCGAUGGCAUCCAAGGUGAUGACAAAUCGAAACAUGAACUGGCUCAUCCAUGAGCUUUACACCAGAAAGGAUUUUUCUUUAUGCAAGAAGCUGAUUGGCAGGCAACUGACGAUAAACUAUGACAAAGAGUUCCUGUAUUACACCAAGGGACUAAUAUUGCGGGACGAAGAUAACCCAACGGAUGCAAUCAACUGUUUCCAGCAGGCCAUACUGGUGAAUAGAAAGAACUCGGAAAACUACAAGGAGCUUGCGAAAACGCUUUUCACCAUGGGUCGCCUCAAACAAGCACUGGAAGUAUUUCUCAAAGCAGAAACUUUGCUGGAACGACCGGAUCAUGAAGUGUAUCAUUACAUUGGGGAACUUUUCUACCGAAAUUUUGGUCAUCCCAAGGCAGGGCUGCCCGAGGCGAAAGAGUAUCUUAAGCAAUCCAUCAUGUGCGGUAAGCACAUCGAUAGCUAUAAGAUUUUGGCAGAAAUUUACAUCGAGGAAGGAGAUCAUCUCAAGGCGAUUGAGAUGAUUGAAAGUUGCCUGCUAAUAUCCCAAGACGAUGUGGCAAUGAUGACUCAAAUUGGCAUCCUAUAUUUGAAAAUCAACGAAUAUCAACGAGCAUUCGAGAAGCUCCUGGAUGCAAUUGCCAUUGACGAUAAAUGCGCAACUGCUCUGCUGGCGCUUGGAUCCAUUCUUCAGUCCAAAAACGACAUCGACGGGGCGCUGAACAAGUACAAGAGGAUUUCGAACCUACCGGAUGAGGGAUCUGAAGUUUGGAGCAAUAUCGGGCUAUGUUUUUUUAAGAAACAAAAGUACAUAGCGGCGAUAUCGUGUCUGAAGAAGGCGAUUUGGGUCGCACCAUUGAAUUUUAAUGCACUGUACAAUCUGGGGCUGAUCCUGGUAACAGCUCAACAGUAUGUCAGCGCUUUUCAAACGUUGGCAGCAGCUAUUAGCCUUAGGCCGGAUAAUGCAGACUGCUACAUGCUACUUGGCACAUGCCUUCGUCAUCUCAGCGACCCAGGAAAUGCAUAUCUAUCGUUGGAAAAAUCCACCAUGCUCCCAGACGCUAUUAAAAAUCCAUUAAUCUACCUAAACUUUGCACUGUACUGCUACGAGAUUGGCAAACCGGAUCAGUCAGUGUCAUAUUUGGCCAACUUUCUGGAAAUGACUCAACACAUCAGUGUCCACCGGGAGUACCUGAAGAUGGCAGAUCGACUGAAUACUGCGUUGUCAUCGUCAGUUGCCACCGAGAGGCUACCGCCGUUGUCCCCAGCGGUUGAAGCACAGCAUCAUCGUUCGACAGCGUCCAUAACCGCGUCCACUUCAAACGUGGACACUGCUCCAACGGACACCAGUUCUGGAAUACGUAAUGAGGACAUGAAUUCCUCAAAAGAUGCCACCGGGGGUAACAACAAGGACGAAGAUGAUGAUUACGAUGACGAGGAAGAAGAGCAUGAGGACGGGAACGGUGGGAGCGAGGAACCAUUAGACGAUGAAUCGGUGCAGAAUAGAGGUGACGGCAGAUAGAAAAGCGGUCAUCCGGAUUUGG